CGUAACGGUCGUUGUAGGUGAAUGAGUUGAGCAGUGUGGCAGUAAAAAAAAAUAGUGUAUUGUAAAUCACUGUCUGUCGGAGAAACGGUUCCCCAUCUGACAGCGCCCAUGGACGACGCCCAGGAACAACACAACCACAUUAGGAACAAGUAAUUUGACGGGUGAGCCUUUGUUCCCUAGCUUCAUCCUGGUGGAGCGUUCACCUAUGAUGGAACGGGCGAUGGAACAGCUCAACGUACAGCUCAACCGGCUGACCCGUUCCCUCCGCCGGGCCAGGACCGUGGAACUCCCAGAAGACAAUGAGACUGCAGUGUACACACUCAUGCCAAUGGUCAUGGCUGACCAGCACAGGUCAGUGUCAGAGUUGCUGCUCAACUCCAAGUUUGAUGUGAACUACGCCUUUGGACGGGUGAAGAGAAGUUUGUUGCACAUUGCUGCCAACUGUGGAUCAGUGGAGUGUCUCGUUCUGCUACUAAAGAGGGGAGCCAACCCAAACUACCAGGACAUCUCAGGCUGUACCCCUCUGCACCUUGCUGCUAGGAAUGGACAGAAGAAGUGUAUGGGCAAACUAUUGGAAUAUAAUGCUGAUGUCAACAUCUGCAACAAUGAGGGACUGACUGCUAUCCACUGGCUGGCAGUGAACGGGCGGACGGAGCUCCUCCAUGAUCUGGUCCAGCAUGUUUCCAAUGUGGAUGUGGAGGAUGCCAUGGGACAAACCGCUCUACAUGUAGCCUGUCAGAAUGGACACAAAACUACGGUGUUGUGUCUUCUGGACAGCGGAGCUGACAUCAACCGGCCAAACGUCUCUGGAGCCACGCCUCUUUACUUUGCUUGCAGCCAUGGCCAAAGAGACACGGCACAGAUCCUGCUCUCUCGAGGUGCCAAAUACCUUGCUGACAAGAAUGGAAUCACUCCUCUGGAUCUCUGUGUGCAGGGUGGAUAUGGAGAGACCUGUGAAAUUCUCAUCCAGCACCACAGCCGACUGUUCCAGACCCUGAUCCAGAUGACACAGAAUGAUGAGAUUAAGGAAAACAUGCUCAGGCAGGUUUUGGAGCAUGUCUCUCAGCAGAGUGACAGUCAUUACCAGAGGAUCUUGACCAGUCUUGCUGAAGUGGCUACCACCAAUGGGCACAAGCUUCUCAGCCUGUCCAGCAGUUAUGAAGCUCAAAUGAAGAGUCUGCUGAGAAUUGUUCGUAUUUUCUGUCAUGUUUUCCGCCUUGGGCCUUCAACACCGAACAAUGGCAACGACAUGGGCUACAAUGGGAACAAGACGCCUCGCAGCCAGGUCUUUAAGCCAUUGGAGUUACUAUGGCACUCUCUGGAUGAGUGGCUCGUGCUUAUCUCCACAGAGCUGGACAGGAACAGGAAGAACCCCUCUUCCUCCUCCUCCAGCAGCGAGAUAGCCUCUCUGCUUCUCAAACAACGGGAGGUUGACCAUUCUGGCUCCACACCAAAGCUUCCCUCCUUGCUGGACCCUCAGAUCGUCAUGGACACGGAAGUGUGCGCCGACGGGGAAGACGUCAUCUCCAUGACAGCCAAUCGGCUCAGUGCUGUGAUCCAGGCCUUCUAUAUGUGCUGCUCCUGUCAGAUGCCACAAGGAAUGACAUCCCCUCGCUUCAUUGAGUUUGUCUGCAACCACGACGAUGUGCUCAAGUGUUUUGUAACCAGGAAUCCAAAGAUCAUCUUUAACCACUUCCACUUCCUCCUGGAGUGUCCUGAGUUAAUGUCUCGCUUCAUGCAUAUUAUUAAGGGCCAGCCCUUUAAGGAUCGCUGUGAGUGGUUCUAUGAGCAUCUGCUGGCUGGCCAGCCAGACUCAGACAUGGUUCAUCGUCCAGUCAACGAGAACGACAUCCUCCUCAUCCACAGAGACUCCAUAUUCAGGAGUAGCUGUGAGAUGGUGUCCAAGUCCACCAACGAGAAACUCAAACAGGGUAUUGCUGUUCGCUUCCAUGGCGAGGAGGGGAUGGGUCAGGGUGUGGUUCGGGAGUGGUUUGAUAUCCUGUCCAAUGAGAUCAUCAACCCAGACUAUGCUCUGUUCACUCAGUCAGCCGAUGGUACCACUUUUCAGCCCAACAGUAACUCCUCAGUGAAUCCAGACCAUCUGAACUACUUCCAGUUUGCAGGUCAGAUCCUGGGUUUGGCUCUGUACCACCGACAGCUGGUGAACAUCUACUUUACCCGAUCCUUCUACAAACACAUACUGGGUAUCCCAGUGAACUACCAGGAUGUGUCGUCCAUCGAUCCAGAGUAUGCUAAGAACCUCCAGUGGAUCCUGGACAACGACAUCAGUGAUCUGGGUCUGGAGCUCACCUUCUCUGUAGAGACAGACGUGUUUGGGGCGAUGGAGGAAGUACCACUCAAACCCGGAGGGACCAGCAUCCUGGUCACCCAGGGCAACAAGGCCGAGUACGUACAGCUGGUAACGGAGCUGAGGAUGACACGAGCCAUCCAGCCUCAGAUAAACGCCUUCCUACAAGGAUUCCACACUUUCAUCCCCCCCUCACUCAUCCAGCUUUUCGAUGAGUAUGAAUUGGAGCUCCUGCUGUCAGGGAUGCCAGAGAUCGAUGUGCAGGAUUGGUGCAGGAACACUGAGUACACCAGUGGCUAUGACACUCAGGAGCCAGUCAUCCAGUGGUUCUGGGAGGUGGUGAAGAGCCUGACCCAGGAGGAACGGGUUCUUUUGCUUCAGUUUGUCACAGGAAGUUCCAGGGUUCCUCAUGGUGGCUUUGCUUACCUGAUGGGUGGCAGUGGUUUACAAAAGUUCACUGUCGCUGCAGUGCCAUACACCUCCAACCUACUGCCUACCUCUAGUACCUGUAUCAACAUGCUGAAACUACCUGAAUACCCAAGUCAGGAGAUCCUGAGAGACCGGCUGCUGGUAGCUUUACAUUGUGGGAGCUACGGGUACACCAUGGCGUAAAAUAUGUUCCUGCUACUGUGAAGGUCUGCAGACUCAUGGAACACUCCCUCCUCCACAGACAAUUUUGUAGUCAGGCACUGCUUCAGACAAAAAGGAAAUCCAGAUUCUUAUUAAUGACCUGCUAUAGAGGCAGAACAGACUUAACUGAGGUUCUGGGUCUCUGCUCUCUGUUAGAACUUCAAUUUUUUUUUUAUUGAAGCUGGUGUCUGGUAAUUUAUGCAAAUCAUUAAAUUUGACUAUUUUCAUGCAUACAUUUAUUUAAGCAAAAAAAACCAACCCAAAAAACCCUCUAAUUUAAAGCACACGGGAUAAUAAUCACAAUAAAAACAUUCAUGCAAGCUUACUGAUAGUCAAAUAUUUAUUCCAUUUAAGCAGAUAUCCAAUCAAUCAAAGUGCAUCAUAUUCUUAUCACAUGUUUCGCGGUGCAGAUUUCUUUAAAGGGCCCGCAUCAGGCCGACGUACCAGCACGAUGGUUAAAUCGAACAAUUUAGUUUUUGCCUCAAUUUUAAGUUUGAAAUUUUAAUUUAUUUUAUUAUCUUUUUUGGGGGGGGGCUUUUUAUACCUUUAUGAUGCACAGUAGACAGAGACAAGAAAUGGGGAGACAGAGAGCGGGAAGGGCUGCAGUAAAGGGCUGUCCGAUGCGGGAUUCGAACUGGGGCCGACUGCAGCGAGGACUGUGGGGCGCCUGCUCAACCCACUGCGCCACUUGAUGCCCCAAUUUUCAUUUAUUUUAACAGCCAAUUUUAACAGUCCUUUUAUUUUGUUUAACAGAACAAAAGAAACUUCUCAGAUGCUCCAAUAUUAAAAUAUGAUGGAGAUCAUUGAUAAAUUGAAAAUCAUGUAGAAACAUGAAUGCUUUUAGUUAGCAAAAAAAAAUUCUUUCUUACCUACUUUCCAGAUGACAAAAAAUUAAGGAACUUUGGAAAGAUUAUCUUGGCAAAACCUUUUUUUACAUCUGCUCUGAAGUCAUAAACACAGGAGAGAAAGCAAGUUGGUUUACUGAUUUUUCUUGCCUCUCAGGGCUUCCGUAUUUCCCUAUGAAUUAAAAGUCCACAUCAAGUUAGCCUUCUACCAUUAGUGACAACAGCCGUGUUUCCACCGCAGGAACUUUCCCCAGGAACUUUUUGAGGAACUAUGUGCGUUUCGACUGCAGGAACCAUGGUCUAAAUUUAGUUCCAGGAUAACUGAUCCACCCAUAAAAAGUCCCUGGUCAGAGGGUAGUACUUUCCUAAGGUUCAAGAACUUUGGGGGGUGUGGUCUGCAGUGCUGAACAUUUCUGACUGGUCGAGGACUCGCUGUAUUUUAUUUCACCAGCCAUGUUUAAAAGUUUGCAGAGCAAGUAAACACCAAGCAAGCAAACGCAUUUUCCACACAGCCAAACAGGUCUGGGAGAAGGUGAAAAAACUGAAACAGGACCACAAUAACCGGAGCAUAUAGUAUGGGAUCGUCCUGUACCUAUUUGAAAAUAAAAUGCUGCGUCCUGAAUUGAAUAUAUACGGGACACAAUUUGUCCCGUAUUUUCAUUCAUGUUAUGUCCUCAAAGUGCUUUGCAUAAUGUAAUGUCAAGUAGGCUGCGGAGGAAACACAGACAACAAUGGACCACAGGAACCUUUUAUUUCAUGAAGAAAGUUCCAGGUACUUUUUGGUCGAAACGCGUUUAAGCAGUCUUUGCCUUGACUACAUGCAACAUUUGGGAAGGCUCAAAACUAGUCAGCCUAGUUUAUAAGUUUAUAUAAUAGUUUAUAGUUAUCCUAGCUUGAUAACUGUACCACUGAUUCCUACUACGUGUUACCAUUUAUUCACUUGCUCAGCAGGAAUGUCUGAUUAUUCAUUCCUGCUGAGUCAGUGGCAGCUCAUGCACACUUACUCCUGUGUUUGUCCAGCAUUAUAUAAGCGAGGGUGUUAAUCCAGCGUUAGCUGUCUCUCUCAUGGGUCCAGAUGUGGUGACAGCAAAUGACCAGACCAGAGAGCAAAACUGACCUUUAAACUGCUGGGCUUGAAGUGAUAUAAACUAUUUUAGUACCCUCCCAGGGCCAUAGCAAGGGUUAAGGACACUUGAGGUCAUGUGUUUUUUUUUUUGUUUUGUUUUUUUUUUGUUUUGUUUUUUUUUUUUUUUGUUUUUUUUGGGGGGGGGGCUCAAUUAAAACAAACUAACACAGGAUGGGUACUUUGCUGGUUGGUUCCAGACAAAGCAAAGGAUUCAGUAUAUCCCCAUCAGAAUUCCAGUACUGUGUGUUUGAAGAACAGUUUAAAACAGCAUUUAGACCAUCAUGUAAAUAAAUUUAUGUAAAAUAUAUGUUGUGUGAUUUUGGGUGGUGGAUUCAUAACCGUAGUAUUUCUUAAAUUCGGACUAUGGUUCUGCGCCCACCAACCAUGAUAUUGCACCAAUCAAAAUACAAUACAGACAUUGUCAGUUGGUAAAAAUUGAUGCAGACUGGAGAGUACAAAUAAAGGGGGGUGCUGUCACUGCAGGAAAAAAAGGUGAAAACCUUUUUCUUUUGGGUAAUUAGAAAUUUGACCACAUAAGUAAACAUAUUAAAAUAAAUGCCAUGGAUAAAUAUUAAUUGAUUUCUUAAUAAGUUUAAUUUCAGUUUGACUUCAGUUUAUCUAAGACUGUACUUAUCGAGCUGUGAUCGAAAAUGUGUGUCUGUCAAGGAUAAACUGUAGACUGUAUUUAACAUUGUUGUUGGUAUUGGAGAUACUGUAUGGCCAAGGUGUCUACCAUUUGUCUACAUUGCUGCCUGAACACUCCCCUCCAUCCCUGUAUUAUAAAAUGCAUGUGUCAUGUGUUUUAUUGUGGAUUCUUUGUCAUUUAAAGUCAGUAUUUUGCUGUCAUCUGUAUUUGUAUUUUGUGGAUAACAAGUGAUAGCUUUGUCUUUUACGAGGAACUAUACAACAUAUCUACAAAUGUUUGGCAUGCAGUGCCAAAAAAUAAAAGCUGGAACUGUUUAAAUACAUUCUUUAAUUUGUAUUUUGCCAACACAACGAUGCUGAAAAUGUGUUUUAAUUAUGUCAUGAAUGUAUUUGCUAGCUUAGUUUUCCUUCUUUCAGUUUGUAAAGGGAGUAUACAUUUAAUAUGUACAAUACUGUUAUUGAGCAGUGUUGGUUUGAAUGCCUCAUUUAAAAUCUUUGGUGAACAGAUAGUUGUUCAUUGAAAAUGGAGCAUUAAUACAUACUGUACUUCUGUAAAUUUCUUCAGUGUCAAAUUAUGUAGUUUACCAUAAAUAAAUGUUGUGCUUUAAGAUUUUA